AUCAAAACUGAAUCAAAAUAAAGAAAACCAUAUAUUCGCGCAAAUUUGUUAGCAAUACGCUACUAAAUUCAAACAAUAAAUUAUAUUCCGAACAGAAAUACUGUUGAAACAUUUAAGCCAUAAUUAAAAACCAUUCGAUAGUGUGUUUAUCUAAAAGUAUAUUUAAACAUAGAUACAGUACUCUAUUUAUUUGCCUGCUGAUUAUGGCCGUAAAACAAAUGACCGCGGAGUCAAUAGGAAAAUAACCAGAAAGCUAAUUGCAUUAAACAGUGGAAAACAGUCAGCAAAUGAGUAUUAAUUAAUUUAUUGAAAAAAAAAAAACGCAUUUUAAUUCAUCAAAAAAGUAAUUUAUUUUUGUGGGAUCGCAACAAUGCCAGGAAGCCCCUAAAGAUGUAUUGCACUACAUAAACAAAGAAAAGUCAAACUUGAGUACAAGCUUUAGAGGAUAUUAUAUUAUCAUUAGGCAAGACAAGAACAUAGUGCCAUGGCAAUGGACUUAAUCGAGCAGGAAUCCCGCCUGGAAUUCUUGCCCGGAGCCGAAGAGGAAGCGGAAUUUGAGCGUUUGUACGCGGCCCCCGCUGAGAUUGUGGCCCUGCUGUCCAUCUUCUAUGGGGGAAUCAGCAUCGUGGCUGUCAUUGGCAACACUCUGGUUAUCUGGGUGGUGGCCACUACCAGACAAAUGCGAACUGUGACAAAUAUGUAUAUCGCUAAUUUGGCAUUUGCCGAUGUGAUCAUUGGCCUAUUCUGCAUACCAUUUCAGUUCCAGGCUGCCCUGCUGCAGAGUUGGAACCUGCCGUGGUUCAUGUGCAGCUUCUGCCCCUUUGUCCAGGCACUAAGCGUCAAUGUCUCUGUAUUUACGCUGACCGCCAUUGCAAUCGAUCGACAUCGGGCCAUCAUUAAUCCACUUAGGGCACGUCCCACAAAGUUCAUAUCGAAGUUCAUAAUUGGGGGAAUUUGGAUGUUGGCCUUGCUGUUUGCGGUGCCCUUUGCCGUCGCCUUUCGGGUGGAGAAGCUGACCGAAAGGUUUCGAGGUAAGUUAAUACGGAUUUCACGAGCUGACCAAUUUUUACCCGACCCUCAAACAGAGAACAAUGAAACCUUCAAUGUGACGCGACCAUUCUGCAUGAACAAGAACCUAUCGGAUGAUCAACUGCAAUCGUUUCGCUACACUCUGGUCUUUGUGCAGUAUUUGGUUCCCUUCUGUGUCAUCAGCUUUGUCUACAUUCAGAUGGCGGUGCGAUUGUGGGGCACUCGGGCCCCGGGCAAUGCACAGGAUUCACGGGACAUAACGCUGCUGAAAAACAAGAAAAAGGUCAUCAAAAUGCUGAUUAUCGUGGUCGUUAUCUUCGGCCUGUGCUGGCUGCCACUGCAACUCUAUAAUAUACUGUAUGUAACGAUCCCGGAAAUCAACGACUACCAUUUUAUUAGCAUCGUCUGGUUUUGCUGCGACUGGCUGGCCAUGAGCAAUAGCUGCUACAAUCCCUUUAUUUAUGGCAUCUACAACGAAAAGUUCAAGCGGGAAUUUAAUAAGCGCUUCGCUGCGUGUUUCUGCAAGUUCCAAACGAGCCUGGACGCCCACGAAAGGACAUUUUCGAUGCACACCCGCGCCAGUUCCAUAAGGUCGACCUACGCCAACUCCUCGAUGCGAAUACGGAGUAAUCUCUUUGGUGCGGGCCGAGGUGGGGUCAACAAUGGCAAAACCGGUUUGCAUAUGCCGCGGGUGCACGGGGGCGGUGGCAACAGCGGGUUGUUCAACGGAAGUAGUGGGCAGAACAACAACGGCCAUCAUCAACAUCAAAGUGUGGUUACCUUUGCCGCGGGUCCGGCUGUUUCGGGUCCAGUUGGAGGUGUCUCAAUGCCACCGUGGCGACGUAACAAUUUUAAACCCCUGCAUCCGAACGUACUCGAAUGCGAGGACGACAUGGCACUCAUGGAGCUGCCAUCGACCACGCCGCCCAGUGAGGAAAUGCCCCCCGGAGCUGGAGUUCGGCUGGCCCUGCUGAGCAGGGAGAACUCCAGCUGUAUUUGCGAACAGGAAUUCGGCAGCCAGACGGAGUGCGACGGCACCUGUAUACUCAGCGAGGUGUCGCGUGUCCAUCUGCCCGGCUCACAGGUGAAGGAUAAAGAGCCGGGCAAGUCCUUGUGGCAACCACUUUAAUCUAAACUAGAGUUAUUUAAGUUAUAGCCGUGUUCCACUGACACAUUCUGAAGCCAUUCACUUGAACAAAUUGAAUUAUUCAUUGGUUGCUUUACCACUGAUCACAUAGGAGUAAGAACAUGUAAAAAACUUGCGGAGUUCAAAACAAUCAUUCACUCCCAUACCACCAUCAUUUUAGUACAGAAACUAUUAUUCACACUGUACAACUAAGCAUAAAUAAAGUAUAAAUAAGAGUAUAAUAGUAAACUCAUUCAAUCAAAAUCAUUUAAUUUCCCAAACUAAAUGUGUCAUUGGAACUUGACUAGUAACCUCUGUGAUUUCGUCUUAAUGAAUUGUGAUUACAAGUCCCAUUGCUGAUAGUUGGUUCGCAGAAGGAUGUGUAUUGAUUGAGUGUGAAUGCUGGUCGUGAGCCAUGUACAGUAUUAUAAUAAUUGUAACUACAAAAUGCGUUCCUUAAGGCACAAUAUAUGUGAAUUAAAACACACAGAACUUGGUUCAAACGUUGUUUAAAAUCGAUUGUUUAAAGUUCUUCUUUCAAAGCCAAAAUUCACCAAAUCAAUUUAUUAUAAGGCAAAAAAUAUAUCAAAUUAAAUAAGCACCUGAAAUCUAUUAAGUAGCAUUAAAUUAAAUUAUUUCAAUAGUUAUUUAACAAAAAUCCGAUUAUGUAUUAAAAACUGCAUACAGAAUGCAAAUGGAAUGUACAAUAUAUGUCAUUGAAAAAAUAAAACAGAAAGGCUAAUUAAUGUAAUUAUUAUUGUAUUAAAUUACCAAACGAAAACGAAUAAA